AAUCUUGGUGGUGCGAUAUGGUUUGAUUACGAUGGGAUAAGAUCAGUCUUGAUAUGGCUUUGUAGGGAUGAUUGGUUGGUUCAGUGGCAUUUCGGAAGAACAUACUUUGUUGGUAAUGGUGGUAGUAUCAUACUUCAACUGGAUAACAUUAUCGCAGCUGCUUCAUCAUUUAUAUCAACUUCUAUCGGCAUUUCAUCUUCUGAACAAUUCAAGCCGUAG